AACAAACAUUCGCUUAGUAAAUAAAUUCUGGAGUCGAACUUAUCUUGGUUUUAUCGUUUAGCUAAAUUAUUUAAGUAAAGUAAAACUGUUUUUUAAUAUAAAUAUAAUAAAAAAGUAGGCCUGUAUAUCUUUAUGAAUGAAAGAUUUCGAACAAUCUCAAGAUUUAUUUGUAAAUAGUUGUAAUCCAUGAACUGUCAAGAGGCGACUGUGAGUGGAGUCAAAGUUCCGACGCCGCGCCGCGCCACGACGCUAUUGAUCGGGCGAGUCCACCUGCAGGGACGCCCCUAUCGAUUUCAGUGUCUCCUCGACCAUGGACGGCUACGGAGGCAACGAGGGCUACGAAAGCUAUGGAGGACAUCCCGGCGUUACAACCCACGGCAUGCAAGGAGUCCGCCCCAAGGUGGACCCUGAGGCAUUGGGUGAAGUCGACCCCAAUCUCUAUCCUCAACCCAAGGAGGCCACUCACAAGAUCCGCGGCAGGUCGGACAUUCUGGAGCUUUUGUGCGGGGAUGUCGACCAGGAACUCUUGACGGUCAAGACAUUUUAUUUCUUUUUCUACUCCGCAUUCGGUUCCCUGUUUCCCCUCAUGGGAGUGUAUUUCAAGCAGAUGGGCAUGAAUCCGGGACAGUGCGGCUUACUUAUCGGGUCCAGGCCGUUUGUCGAAUUUUUGGCAGCGCCAUUUUGGGGUAGUCUCGCCGACAGGUGGCAGAAAGGGAAAAUGUUGUUGCUGGCAUCGCUGUCAUGUUGGAUAAUAUUUACACUUCCACUUGGCUUCAUUCAGCCUCCUGCCACGUCUUGCCUGGUGAGAAAGAAUGUCACGGAGUAUGUCCUUGAGACACCGAAGGUUCCACGGAUACUCAAGAGGGAAGCUCCGGACAUGCUAGGACCUGAACCUGCACUCCCCACUCCCUUGGCAAUCCGGACAAACCUCCACGAACAAGAGCAUGCUGCCCAACAUAACACUCUGAAGAGAGACGUUCCCCACUGGAUUGAGCCAGAGGUACCUAUCCCCGUAGUGGAAGAGGAAGAGCCACUGGUGAGGAACAUCCGGUCAGCGAAACCACACGUCUACGCAGGCAUGUCACCUCUCGACAUACGAUUUGUCAAGGGCUACAAUGAAAAGGAGCAGGCCAAUUGGGUGUCACCUAUAUUCAGCUCUAUUGUCUACCGCACUCAGAUUCCAGAAACUUCUAGUAAAACAUCUAGUGAAAGUGAAACAUAUGCUACGGACACAGUUGAGAAACUAUUAACUUCCAAGCCACUUAACUUGAAACUUACAGAGAUCCAGGACAUUCAAAAGGCCUUUUUCUUGUUGAUUCUUCUUGUGAUCAUCGGGGAGUUCUUCAGUGCACCAGCCAUCACUCUGGCGGACUCGGCUGUGAUCACACUGCUUGGCGAGGAUGCAGACCGUUACGGCCACCAGCGAAUGUUUGGCUCAUUGGGGUGGGGGUUAGCCAUGUUCUUCGUGGGUAUUGCACUCGACCACUCGACUGCAUUCCCUGAUCAUCCCUGUGGCCCUGAUGAGCGGGAGAAGAACUACACGAUAUGUUUUGCCACGUUCUCCGUCCUCAUGGGUGCUGCACUGAUAUGUGCUACGCAGAUAAACUUCAAGUACGAGUUCCCGAGUGAGGUACCUGAAAUCGAAAAGCCUCCUCCUGAGCCGACAAGGGAGGACUACCUUCAGCAAGAGUUGGCUCAGCAGCUGAAUCUUCCUGCUCUGGCCACUAACAGUAUCAAUGCACCCCCUCCUCCCACCCCUAAGACUCAAAUGUUCGCCCAGACUACUCGGGAGAUACCAGAAUGGGUGACUGUUCUCAAAUACUUUGCAAACGUAAAGUGUGGAUCAUUCUUAUUCGUCUCGUGGUUCAUGGGUUUUGGAAUCGGUCUCAUUUUCACCUUCCUUUUCUGGCAUUUACAGGAUUAUGGCGGCUCACCAACAUUGUUCGGUGUUGCUUCAGUGAUCAAUCAUAUCUCAGAAAUAUUUGCAUAUUUUUUUAGUUUUCGUCUAAUUACGCAGAUGGGCCAUGUUAAGGUUCUCUGCUUGGGUUUGGCUGGUAAUGUGUUGAGAUUCCUUUACAUCUCAUAUCUGAAAAAUCCAUGGUGGGUCUUGCCAUUUGAAUUUAUGCAAGGAAUCACACAUGCUGCUGUGUGGGCUGCCUGCUGCUCAUAUAUUGCACAUAACACGCCACAACACCUGCGCAGUUCGGCCCAGGGAGUUCUGCAAGGAAUCCAUCAUGGUCUGGGUCGUGGCUGUGGUGCCGUCAUAGGCGGACUCUUUGUCACAUACUUUGGAACAACAGCAACAUUCCGUGGGUAUGGUCUCUGCUGUGCUGUCGUGUUGGCAGCUUUCAUCUUCAUCAACUUUUAUCGUAUUGACACUGGUUUCGUCUCUGAGCUUCCUGUCACUGAAGAUCCACAUCAGGUGGCUGAGGAAACGGCUCACUUAGCUCCGCACGGUGUCCCCAGCAACCCCAUGCCCCGGGCUCUCUCUAGUUCUCGACUACAUGACCUCGCCUCGGACCAGGGCUACGGGGCUACCUACAAUACCACUGGGGGCAACUUGGAUAUUCCUGGAGCUGGUGGUAACAUGGGCGGUGGAAACACAAAUCCAUUCAGGCAGUAUAGUGAUUACAAUAAUUAUCAAUCCAAUAACCGAACACCAAGUGAAGAGGAAACAAUUCGUAAACAUUUCCAGAUGUACAGUGAAGUGCUGGCACAGUAUGACAGUACUCAGCCCAAGAUCCCCCCUCUGACAUCGCUCCACACUCAGCAGCCUGAGAGCAACCUGCAGCGCACCUACGACUGGUGAAGUUAUGUACAGAUUAUUGCUGUAUAUAUUGUUGUUUUCUAAUUAUAUGUAUUAUAUUUUCCGUUUAUUCCCUGUUUGUAACUUAACUUAAUCAGUCAAUAAAUAUUUUUGUGCUAGAUGAAUCUGUAAAAAGAUUUAAUUAUAAAUUUAUAGAUAUACAGGGUGACUGUUGAAAAAGCUAAUAUUUCCCCGAUUGAGAUGAUUGUUAGAAAUAUAUUUUAUACUUUGUGCUUCAGUAUUAUAUUGUUUUGUUUUAUAGUGAGUAAAUGUAUUACAAGUUGUUUUCAAAGUGAUGUGUAUUAUGUACUAAUUAGUUUAAUUAAUCAUUCAUUUAUAUUUUGUGAAUUCUAGCGAUUUCAUUUUUUAGAAUAUAAGAUUACAAUGGUUCAAUUUAUGAACAACAGCGUUAAAAUGCAUAUAUUUAGUUUAAUUUUAGAUCUCAAUAUAUUAUUUAAUUAAUUUAGUGCAUUUAGUUUUAUUUGUAAUGUUUAAUAUUCUAUGCUGUGAAAUUUCUCUCUAGGUACUAUAUAAGUAAUUUAGUUUAGCUUAAAUUUUUGCUUUAAUAUAAACAACUUGCACCAUCUAAAAUACUGAAUAUGGCUAAUUUUCUUCUAAUUAUUUAAUUUAAUUUUGUUUCCUUUUUUGAAACAAUGUUUCUACACAACUUUAAUGGAUUAUUUUAUAUUUAGGAACUUUUAAAAAUCAAAAACAAAUAGAUUAUGAAGAGAAGAUUAAGACGUGUUUAAUAUUUUAUCAUUGAUAUUAAUUGAAAACUUCAAUAGUCCUUGUUUGCUAUCGCUGGAUUUCAGGAUGUGCUGGGCGAUAUUCUAACAAUGGUAUAUUGUUUUAAAUGGUACCAUGUAGUUUGCUACUAUUACCAGUUAAAAUUAAUCACUUGAUUGCUUUGCUCAAACAAUUCAUAUUAUAUUCAAGUUUCACAUAUUGUAAGGAAAAUUGACUGAUGUGCAAGACACAAUUAUGAACAUAAGAGGUCAUGCAAAGGCAACUUGCUCACAUCACUACUUUAUACUUUUUUUGUAGUAAAUUAUCUAUAAAGAGCCUUAUGUGUUGCAUCUGUCUUUCAGCAUAUAAUACUGAUAUAAAUUCUAUCUAGAACAGAGAUAUGAAAAGUAUAAUUUAAUAUAACAGUUACAAUAUCUACUUGUGGCAUGUGGGAAAAAAUUAAAGUACAUAUUUUAUACUGAAAAUGUUUUUAUUGAAAUAACAGGAUGAAAACUUGAAAUGGGAAAGUACAUAAUUUAUAUAAAGUAAUUAAAAGUUUAUUGGAAGUGAUCUGGUAAUCUUUUAUCUUUGACUAUUAUGUUACGACUUUAUUAACAGGAUCUGAAACAGAGGUUAUACCACAUUACCUAUUAUAAUACACCAUGUGUUGAAAAUGAUGAAAAGACGAGUUUAGUUUGGCCCUAUUACUAUAAACAGUCAUUUUAACUCUUUCAACUGUAGUAAACCUACAAUAGUAAAAGUUAAAUUCCUGAAAAUAUUAAUCACUGUACUUGAAUAAUUUUUGGAUUAUGCUAUGUAGUACACUUGUGCAUAAAAUAAUGUACACACAUCUACAAACUUUCCAGUCAUCUUGAAGGGAAUGAAUUUUUACAUCCUUUGAAAUAAUUUGAGUUUAAAAAGGAAAGAUGUACUUUUAAUGCUAUUCGUGAGAUGGUCUCUAGAGUGGCGAGUGCUUUUGAUGAAUCACAGUUCACUACUGGUGUGUUCUGUAAUCAUUCAAAGUCAUUUGAGUGUGUCCAACAUAAAAUAUUGCUACAAAAAUAUGGUGCACUGGGAUGGUUAGAAUCAUAUCUUACCAACCACAGACGAAUUUGACUCUUGAGAACAGUAAUUUAUCUAAGAAAUAUGAAACAAUUAGUUUUGGUGUACCCCAGGGCUCUAUCUUGGGACCACUGUUGUUUUUAUUUACAUCAAUGAUUUACCAGCACAUAUAACAUCUAAUAUAGCUAUGCAUGCUGAUAAUACUACUGUUCUCAUUUGUAAUAUUAACAAAAUCUUACUGAAGAGGCUUAUUUCUCAGGAUUCUUUAUAAAUAAAUAAUUGGCUCAAAGCAUUAAUUACUCAACACUGGAAAAACUCAGACAGUAAUUUUUCACCCUAAUUAUAGCGAUAGCUUUAGAUUUGACAUCUUCCGUAAAGAAACAUUUAACAUAACACAAACUACAACUUUCUUAGGAGUUUCACUUGGAGACAGCAUGUUCAUUUCUUGUUGAAUAAGCUUAGUAAGGCAUAUUAUCUGAUAUAUUUCCUGUGUUUUAAAGUAGAUAUAAAAACACUGCUAACAGCAUGUUAUGCAUAUGUAUCCACCUUACAUAUGGCAUCAAAUUCUAGGGUGAUUUAGUUGAAGAAAAAUAAGCUUUUAAUAAUUCAGAAAAGAUAAUCUGUAAAAAAACUGUAUUAUAAUGCAUUCUGCGAGUUCAGUUUUAGAGAUUUAAAACUGCUUAUUCUUCCAUCAAUUUAUAUUUACCAGUCACUGAUUACAAUCAAGAAAAACAGCAAAUUUUAAUUCAUUUUCCAAUAUACAUAAUUAUUGUACCAGAUAAAAAAAUAGACAAUUAUUUAUGCAUUACGCAAAACACAAGCCUUUGAGAAAUUGGCCUGAGAAUACAGAAAUUUUUCUGUAUAAAAACUUGCUUAAUGAAGUCAUAUCAGAGGAUUGUUUAAAGGUUUAUAAGAAAAAUGUGAAGGACUAUCUGCUGGGAGAGUGUGUUUACAGCAUAAGUGGAUUCUUAACUGAAUAACAAUAAGUUUUAAAUCAAGAUGAUCAUGUUGAGUUAGGGAUUUUACUGUUUGCUGUUUAUUAUUUAUAUUUAAUGCUAUGUGUUCAUUGUGUUAUGUUAAAUUUUAAUACUAUGUUUUAUCUAUACAUGUUAUAUUUUAUAUUUCGUUUAUAUUUUUAAUUAUACAAGUUUUUAACAAAUUGACAUGUUAUAUACCAUAAGGUGUUACCUUUAUAAGGUGUUAUGUGACAAGGUAUAAAAAUAAAAUAAAAAUCUAUCAUGUUAUAACCCACAACGCGCUAUAACAUAUUAUAGUUCACAGCAUUCGCAAAAGCUUGUGCCAUAAUGUACUUCAAUCUCAUGCAUUAUGACUGUUAUAAUGUGACUGAUGCAUAAAGUACUAUAAUAAUUACAACAAUAGUCUUAUGCUAUUGCUUAAUUCAUCCCAUUUAGCUUUUCUUUUGUACAUUGAUUUCAUCACACAUUUCCAAUUGAAAAUUGGUUAAGAUUAAAACUAGGUUUAUUUAAUUUAAUCAUAACAGUGGUUUAUGUACUAUAGUUAGUUUAUUAUAGAACAAUAAAUAUAAAAAUACUUUUGUGUGAAUAUGUAUAAUAUAUUUUUUGUGAUAGUAACUAAAAGUGGGAAGUUUAGCAAUGCAACUGGCAAAUGCAAUUUUGAUAAAUUGUCGAUUAAAUAAUAAUAAUUGUAUAAUAAAGUUUUCUUGGUAUUUCAGUGCAGUUAGUUGAUGGGUUGCAUUGUUAAAUAGAUUCCUUAUUGGCACAUAUCAGUAAUUUCUAGUGUUGUUGAAUUUGUUGAAAUGUUUUGCUGAGUAUUGUGUUACUUGUUGGUUGUUUGACAUUUUAGCUUUUGUUUCAAACAAGUUUUUAAUUUGCUUGUUACGAAUUGACAGACAAACGGUUGAACCUUACUUGAAUUGAGUGACACAGUUAUGGGCUAUUAUCAACUAAGUCCCCUUCCUCCAAGGUCUGUAACUUGGUUUGCUUUUAGACCCCUGCAAUCUUUCUCAAAGUUCUAAGAUAAAGGAAGAAUUCCCCCAAUCUCCCCAACAACUGGUUUGGAAUAAACAUUUUGACUCUACAUAGACAGGGAUCAGUAAAAAUAUGAAUUGAAGUUUUUAACUCAUAAAUUGGUUUAAAAAUUACCCUCCCCCCCAAAAUAAGGGGCAGAGCAAAAUGUAUAUGUAACUAAUACACAAUGUAAAGAGCAAUUCAGGGUCAAAUAAUACAUUUCAAGUAAGAAGGUUCUGGGAGUAUAACCAUUUCCCAUGAUCCUUUUUUCAAUUUUUCAGAUGUAUUCAUAUGGUCUUGUAAUAAAAUAAAACAAAAUUUACCCUAUAUUAGGGAGAUUCAAUAAUCCCCCAUUUUUAAGUUACUCAAUUUUCACCAUAUGUUUUUAAGCAUGUACUUUAAUGACUGUUUUCAAAAUACCUACAACAAUUUCUCAUCCCCAACUUAUUUGGAGAGUCAAAAACCCCAAUAAAUGACAAGACAAAGAGUAAUCAGAUCUUUUAACACCUCUAAUUAAAUUACUUAAUGAGGUAAUAACUGUGAUGGUAAAUAUUUUAAAACACUAUGACAAAUUGUUGAUUCCAUCAAGACCAUCCUCAUCAAUUUUAGAUAUCUUUCUAAAUCCUUUCUUAUUUCAUACCUACAAUUAUUGUGGUCUUUUAACUUCCUUUUUCGGGAGAAAGCGUAAUUGUAAAACUUUUAAAGCAAAUUCAGUAAUGUAAUUAACAAACCUUUCAAGGUCAUGGGUUCAAGGGAUAGAAAGGUUGAUUAUUUAAUCACUCAGUGUACUCUAAAUCGUUUGGUUUUUAUUUGUAUCUCUUCUUUUUGCUUGCUGUAAUAUUAUCUGACUAGUUUUCAAUCAUACACUUGUUAUUGUUGCAAUUUAACCGAAAUAGUUACUUUAUAUGUAACGAGUAGUGGAAAGUUUGUGAACAAGACUCACUGUAAAUAAAAAAACUUCCCUGGGUUAAACUAGUUACCAUUUUUAUUUUAAUGCUAAUUAAAAGUAUUUAAAUAAGUAAAAUAAAUUAGGAUGUUUGAAAUAUGUUAUAGGUUUCCUCUGACUGUACUAUGAACUCUGUUAAAUGCGAAGACAUUUGUAAUCCUGCCGCAUCAUGAUGUUGUUAGGCCCUCAAGUGUUGCUUUCAGUGGUCAGUUUUAAAUAAAGUGUUCAAACUGUUAAAUGUGUAAAUACAAUAAAGUAGAAUAGGAGAAUCGCUACAUACAAAUACUCAAGCAAAGUUUGAAUCUAUGUUAUCUUCUUGGUAAAUACUUUUAUUUAACUUUAAGUAACAUACAUUUACAUUGCAUUGUUAUAGGAAGGAAGAACUGUUUAAUCCUAAAUCCUUGGAUGUUUUAUCCUUCUUUUGGUGUAAAUGUUUAUACAAAUGUAAUGAAUGGAAAAUACAUGUUUUCAAUCAUAAAAAACAAAUAUACAAAUAAUAUUGCUACUCUCAAAAAUAAAUUGAUUUGUGAAUUUUUUGAGCAAGUUAUAUUUACGUUUUAACUAUAUAUUUCCUUGUUUUCAUGAAGAAGGCAUAUUAACUGAGUACUCAAUACAAUCUAAACUGAAGAUAGUAUACCUAUAUGUUAUCCAUAUAAAUUUUAAUAAAUAACAGAUUUAAUGAUAAGCAAUUCUUUUUAAUGAUGGUAUAUAGUUUUUAGAUAUUGUUCAAAUAUAAGUUUUCUUCGAUUAUAUAGAGUAUAAAUGUAGAGAAAUAUUUUGGGAUAUGGUUUAAUAGAUGGAAAUAAACAAUAAAGUUUCUUUAACACUAUGGUCUAUUUUGCUUUGUUUAGCGUCUGUCUAUGUUUUAAAUAUUAAUAAAUCUUAACUCAGAAACGGCAUGUUUGAAAACCAAAGAGAAGAGAACAAAUGUUCAAGAAACAUAAAAGAAGAUAGUAAACAUACAAAAGUUGUAUUGCCUUGUUACUCUUGUGUAAUCCACUGUAUUAACUGAAGUGUAAAAUGGUAUUGCACAAAGGUAGUAAUAUGAAAAAUAACUAAAACAUAUGUUUUCUACUCUCGUAGAAACAUAUCUUUUAUGUUUCUUGACAAUUUUGAAAAGGUUGUCAUUUUGAAAAUAUUAACAGUGGAAUUUUUAAGCUGAAAGUUACAUCCUAAUAAGACAUACCAACAUGCAAAAUUCAACAUUGUAACUUAAACCAUUUCAGAACCAAGAUUUAUUAAAUUUAAAAAUAUAAACAGAUGCUAAACAAAGUGAAAUUGGUCAUCCCAGAUUAUUUCAUCAAAAGUUACACCCCACAUAAUUGACAAAACAUACAUUUGAAAAAAUAACUAAAAUCUACAUAACAACACGUUUAUAAAAAAAUCAUUUAUCGUUAAAUCAGUUAUUUGUUAAAAUUGAUAUGGCAUUUUUCUUACCUACUUAAAAACAACUGGGGCAGUUGGAAUGAAGAUAUCAUAAGUCCAUAAAUAGAUACAAACUAGUUUAACAUCACAUACAAACUGUUCUGUAAAAUUUAAAAUGGCAGUGAUAAAAGUCCUUAGUAGAAGUAAUACUUAUUUUGGUUUGAGCAACAUUAACCAAUUUAACAUCAAUUAAAAUCUGGUUCUAUUGACAAAAAAUACCACAAUAAACCAAUUAACAGAUGAAAUAAAAUUAAAUCUAUUAGUAAAUAGAUAGUCUUGCAUUUUUUUCCAUUUUACACUUCUUAUAAUGAUUGUAGUUUUCAAGCUGAAAUGCAGUGUUUUGAUUGAUUUAGUGAUUUUUAUUUAAUUCAGUACUAUAAAAUGUACUAAUGUAGUACAUGUCUAUUGUAUUAUCAUUUAAAUUAUGCUUCAUUAUAAAAUAAACAUAUAAUUCGAUCAAACUAUCCAUUUUGUUAUGUAUUCUUGCUCGUAUACAUACAAGAUUACAAACUUUAUUCUAUAAUACUAUAAUUACAUGCAAUAACAACAUUAUAUUAACAUUCAAAUGAGAACCCUUUAAGGUAUUCUGUUUAAUUGUUGACUACCUGGAAUGUUCCUUUGAAAAAUUGUUGCAAACUAUAAUUCUAUCAAUAAAUGCCCAUUUAAUAGAACUACAUAAAACAAUAGUGUUGUCACAUCUUAAAAUUUGCUUGGAAGAAAUCACUUCCGGAGAAUAGUUUGCGUGUAAACAAAAGAUUCGUUUCAACAGUAAAACAAAGAAGUGUUAAGCUUUAUAGCGUUUUUCAAUCUAUUCAAUCUCACAGCUGUCAAAAAUGGACUUAUGCUGUUUUUGUACCAACAGACUCUACAGUAUGUUGUAACAAUUAACUUCCUAAUUAGAUGGUAAGAAACCACUGCAGUUUAAAUUGUAUAAAUCUGAUUUUGCAGUACAUUAAUACAAUGUUAAAAGUUGUUUUGUUUGGAUUAAACUGUAAAAACCUCAGAAGAGGCAAGGCUGAGAAAACUUUAAAAUCGUAACUCCACCUCAAAAAAGAUAUAAACACCUUUUAGAGACAAACACUAAUAAUAUAGGGAUCGAGUCAGUACAUCAUUCUUUAUUGUUGGGAAUGAAUGUAGAUGCUUAAAUACUGUUACUGUUUGAAGUAAAAACUUGUUGGUUUCUGUUGAAUCUUGCCUUACUCCAACCAGAUAUGUUUAAUGAUAUGCACAACUACCCGGAUAAACAAUAUUAUGUACCUGUGCACCAAUAAACUUACAGCACAUUUAUUUCAA